AUGGAGGAUCCUCCGAGCGGUGCUUCCCUACCGUCAGGUCCGGACGGUACAAAGCGGCGAGUGACGUAUUUCUAUGAACCAAGUGUUGGCGACUACUACUACGGCCAAGGGCACCCCAUGAAACCCCACCGAAUUCGUAUGGCCCACAACCUGAUUGUUCACUAUUCUUUACACCGGAAGAUGGAAAUCAACCGCCCGUUUCCUGCCGGAGCAGACGACAUUGGCCGCUUCCAUUCCGAAGAGUAUGUCAAUUUCCUUUCUUCAGUUAAGCCGGAUGCCGUCCAGGACCAUACCCACUCGCGGUACCUGAAACGGUUCAAUGUGGGCGAGGAUUGCCCGGUUUUUGACGGCCUGUUCGAGUUUUGCCAGGCUUCUGCGGGCGGAUCGAUUGGGGCUGCUGUCAAACUUAACCGGCAGGAUGCUGAUAUCGCGAUUAAUUGGGCUGGCGGACUUCACCAUGCCAAGAAAAGUGAAGCUUCCGGUUUUUGUUACGUCAAUGAUAUCGUGCUAGGAAUUCUUGAGCUCCUCAAAGUCCACAGGCGCGUGUUGUAUAUAGAUAUCGACAUACACCAUGGAGAUGGUGUUGAGGAAGCCUUCUUCACCACUGAUAGAGUCAUGACUGUGUCAUUCCAUAAAUUUGGAGACUUUUUUCCCGGUACUGGACACAUUAAAGAUAUUGGGGCUGGUCUUGGUAAAUACUAUGCCCUUAAUGUUCCACUAAAUGAUGGAAUGGAUGACCGGAGUUUCAAGAAUUUGUUCUGUCCGGUCAUCGCAAAGGUCAUGGAGGUUUAUCAGCCAGAAGUUGUUGUGCUUCAAUGUGGGGCCGAUUCAUUGGCUGGUGAUAGAUUGGGUUGCUUCAACUUAUCUGUUAAAGGUCAUGCUGAAUGCCUGCGUUACUUGAGAACUUUCAAUGUUCCCUUAAUGGUUUUGGGUGGGGGAGGCUAUACGAUUAGGAAUGUUGCACGAUGCUGGUGCUAUGAGACAGCAGUUGCUGUAGGAGUGGAACCAGAUAAUAAUUUGCCUUAUAAUGAAUACUAUGAGUAUUUCGGUCCAGAUUAUGUUCUUCAUGUGCCGCCGGGCCCCAUGGAGAACCAAAAUUCAGACAGUCAUCUGGAGAGAAUCAAGACCAUGUUGCUUGAGCAGCUUUCAAGGUUGCCGCAUGCUCCAAGUGUGCAAUUUCAAACAACUCCUGCCGUUACAGAAGUUCCAGAACAGGCUGAGGAACCCAUGGAUCGAAGGCCUAAACUUUGGAGUGGUGAGCGUUUCGAAUCUGAGAGUGACGAUGAAAGAUGGAAAGCCUCAAGGAAUGCUGCGCGAAUUCACAACGUGAAUGUGAAUGCUGAGGCUUUGGAGAGGGUGAUGGAAUUGAUGGCUUGUAUCAAAAGGGAGAUCUUUAUUGUAAAUGCAGCUUUUGAGAUCCGACAACGAGAAACAGACCUUAGACAUAGAAGAAAACAGAAAAUGGCGUCCGCCAUUCCCAAAAGAAUUUCUGGCCAUGUCCGUUCUAUUAGCCUGCCUUGUUCAUCUCAUCCUCUUCUUAACAAGGUUGAUGAAAAUCUGCAAAAGUUGAAGUCACCGGAAGAUGCUUCCUCCUCAUCUUCAGAGCUCUUCCACAGGAGACAUGCUAUUGAGAAUUUGCCUGGAAUGUUCCUUUAUGUUUCCCCUGAGGGCAAGGCUGUAAUGAGAGCUCAGGCAUGGAUGAAGAGUAACAUUAUGAGGAGAAUGAACCAGAAGACCAUCAAACAAGGGAUAUGCAAUAACGUAAAGCAUGUGGUGCUUUUUGCAAUUUUCUGUUUCCUUGUGGUCUAUUUUUGGUUCAAACUUUCAGGAAGAAAGGCAAGCAAUUUCCUUUGGUAA